CACACACACUCCACACACACACACACACACGCGCGCGCGCGGAGGAUGAGGAGAAGGCAAGGAAAACAUGUUCCCGACUUCUGGACGGAUUAUAACACGUCGAGUGUUAAAAAAAUGUUUUUCCUCCUGAACUGGUGGAUUCCAGUGAUAACUUUUACAGCUAUACCAUGGUGUGAGGCGGUGCAGGUGAACAUCCGGGACACGCGCCGUUUUGCCCUGCUUUUCCAGUCGGUGGUUUUGCCAUGUCAGUACACAAGCACCUCUACCCAAACACCAGUGGUGCAGUGGUGGUACAAGUCAUACUGCCAUGACCGCACACGUGACGCGUUAAGCUUUCCAGAGUCUCUGUGGGUCAGGGGGUCUGAACUGGGGGCCUACUCCCAUCUGGACUGCAGCGACAGCAGCCGGACGGUUCGGGUCGUGGCCUCUGGGCAGGGAUCCUCUCUCACCAUUGCUGAUUACUACAAAGGCAGAGACAUCUCCAUUAUCAACAAGGCUGACCUGCGCAUUGGAGAGCUGCAAUGGGGUGACAGUGGUGUUUAUUACUGCAAGGUGGUGAUCGCUGAUGACUUGGAGGGUCCGAAUGAAGAUCAUGUGGAGCUCCUGGUCCUGGGUCAGACAGGGGUGGCUGAUGAUCUCCUGCCUGAGAUAGAUCUGGAGAUUAUGCCAGAGUGGGUGUUUGUGACAGUUGUAAUCCUGGGUGGUGUCUUGUUCUUCGUCCUGGCGGGUGUGUGCUGGUGUCAGUGCUGUCCGCACUCCUGCUGCUGCUACGUACGAUGCUGCUGUUGCCCUGAAACCUGCUGCUGUCCUCGCCACUUGUAUGAAGCAGGAAAAGGCAUAAAGACAGCACCCUCCACACCAGUAGCAAUCUACCCUCCGUACUACAUGCAAGGCAUGCCUGCCAUGGUGCCCAUCUCUCCUCCCUCUCUAGUUGAGCCCAAGAUGUCCACUGCACCAUCCAUCGAUAAUAAUAUCUCUUCACAUCAGCAGUCAUCAGUCCCGCAUGCACAUUUACACACCAUGUCCCCUGUAGUGCACAGUGGGUACCGUCUCCAGCCCACGCCGGAUCAGAGUUCACUGAAGGUGCUGCAGUAUGUGGAAAGAGAACUGGCACAUUUCAACCCUUCUAAGACCCUCAGCAGUCAUGAUUCUUGCAGUAUGUCAGAACUUAGCUCCUUACAUGAAGCAGAGACAGAUUUCCACCAGGCUUAUCGGAAGGUUCAGAAGAAAGCACUUCCAGCCAUUCCUGAUAUGGAUGACCCUCCAGACAUACUGAGUAGACAAAUGUCUCCAGUGCAUGCUCAAACGUCCGCUCGACAUCCUCAUCAUCGAGUGAAGGAAGAUCACCCAAGGUGGAACCCUCGUUCUGAGCACCUGCAGAGGAAGGCUUUCCAAACGAGAGGACGCACUGGCUCCCUGGACGAGCUUGAGGAAUUCGCCAUGAGCUACGUGCAGCACGGCCGCCAUGACAACUUUAGUGAUGACGAGGCCGAUUACAUGACAAGCACAAAACAAAGGCAGUGUGAACACGAGCGAGAACGGCGGAGAGAACGGGAGCUGGAGCGUGACCCCUAUCCGUAUUACAGCUCUAAACGUUCUUAUACUAAAGAUGUCCAAGACAGACCUCGUCCUCCAAGUUCUCCUCCUCUACCAGGAAAUCCAAAGAGACGAGGUACAGGGGACUGCAAUCUUCGCCGGGAACCCAAUGCAUGGGAUCCGAGAAGGCAGGAAGCUGAGAGUGAGCAGGACUAUGAUGAUGCCCUCCUUAAUAGCUUAUUGGAACGUAAAGCAAAAGCUGGGAGGAGCUUGUCUUCCAAAGGUGGCCAGAAUGAGGAAGAAUCAGACAGGCCCUCCAAGAAUAGCUCUCAAAAGAGCUGCCACAGUCACUCACCUAGCAACAGAUCAGCUAGCAACCGACCAGCAGAGGAGGACGACUCGUUGCCUCCAUACGCAGAAAGGGAACCAGAACGUUUCCGUGGUGCUAUGAACUCCCACCAACCUUUGACCUCCACACGCUCCAGAAAAGAACAAGAAAAUAGAGAGGAACUGAGCAGGCCGCGUAAAGUGAACACACUCCUAAGCAGAGAUUCACUCAUAGUCUGACCAGCAAAGGCAGGUCUCACACGCACUUGCUCUCCAACCAGCAUCUCUAGGCUUCCCACUCUGCGCACUGAUCUCCACACUUUUUACGUGCUAAUUGGCGGUCAGACAUCCUGGAAUGCUCCGAGGAUUAAAAGGAGGACAAGUAUUUAUUACAGCAACAUCCAAACUGUGCUGGAAAAGCUUGAGUUAACAAAGAAGCUUUGUUUUCUUAAAGAAAACAACUGUUACUUAUCUGGACUUUGAGCAGUCAAGAAGCUUAUAACUGGGAAGCCAGUGGAGCUAGAGUUUUAUGAAGAUGAGAUCAAAGAUUGCUCUGUGGUAGUAUUUUAUUUGAUGGUACCUCCAAACUAUUAUUCUUCUAACAUUUUGAAGUGAAGGUUGAUGAGUUCACAAGGAACUUCUGCCACGAUACAAAGUGGACGUAAUUAAAAUGAACUGGAGGGACAGUAUCUGUUUAUUUGAUCAGAUAGGACACAUACUGUCAUUGCAGGAACAUGAUAUAGCAUUAUGAGUAAUGAAAACCUUACAGAGGUUGAGAUUGACAUAAGCAUAAUGGGCCUUAAUUGUGCACAUGGAACACACACACAAGUCUUUGUGAUGACACACCAGGAUGAGUUCACCCGACGUCACCAGGAGUCCACGUUGCUGUGUGAGAUCAGGCACUGGAUGACGUCAUGUACCUUUUGUGGCGUCCUGAGAUUUGCAUCCCUCAUUGCCACUAUCACAUAAUGUGCCAACAAACAAUGCCACGUGUGCUCUAUAAUCGGGAAAAAUGAACUUUUUUCCAUACUUUGCCUACGUCUGUUUUAAUAUAAAAGGAAUAGUUGAGAAACUUGACAAUUAUUAAUAUUAUGCCUUUUUGCCUAUGAAGAUUUUUCUAUUUAUUCCUAUAUACUGUAUGUUUACAUAGUGCUUUUUUUUUACUUUUAACAGUUGUUAUUGCUAUAUCCAGGUUUUGUUUUACUCUUUAUGUUUAAUACUAAAUCAUGUCAUUAACUUAACUAUGGCUAGAGGAACAUGCCAGCUCGUUUUAACCUAAUCUCUGUGUAUUACAUCUAAAAUGUGAAUAUAGUGCACAGACUGCAUACCACAGACAAGACUGAUAUGUACUGAGAAAAAAAAACGAACACCUGCUUAAUUGAAACUAACAUAUUAUAGAUGUCUAAUGGCAGAUAUUGGUCAGUAAUGUUCAAAAUGUGAAUAUACAGUAUAGUAGCACAAAUACAAAACUACAGCCAACUAUUUAAUUCAUUCCUAAUUAGUGACUGCUUUCUCCUCGUUGCAGAUCUGGAAACACUGCACGCAAAGCUGGAAUACACACUGAAUGAGACGCCAGUCCAAUGCAGGGCAUUAUAUUAUACACACCCACCAACACACACACACACACACGUGACUCCUAGGCAAAAUUUAGAGUAACUAAUCCACCUUCCAGUGUGUUCAUUGGAAGAGGGAGAGAACCGGAAAACCCAGAGAUAACUCACAGGGAUAACAUGUGAAGCAACGAACAAACAGUAACUUAUGGAGUUAGGAUCAAACCUGAAACCCUGAGCUGUGAGUUGGCGAUGCUAGCUGCUCUACCAGCGUGCCACAGACUAACACUAAAUAUAAAGGUCUAAGCAUGAAACACAUAUAUGAGAGAGAAUGGCUUAACAAGCCUUUAUCCAUAAUUGAAUUCAAUUUGCAAUGCAGUAAAAAGCAAUCCCAAAGAUGUUGUGGUCUCAAUACUGAAUCAAUUGUGAACUGAAAUACUUGUUUUCUACAUUGAUAACUCAUACCAUAAAUUCUUCCCUCUAAAAAAAUAGUUUCAUCUCCAAAAGGAUGGAUUUUACAGCUUUAGAGUGUAAUAAUCAAAUUCUGUCUGACUGACUGAAGAAUUAAACCUUUCAACACAGUAUACAGGAUUCAUGUACACAUUUAUUGGCUGCCCCAACAACUAUCCUAAGACUUCCAUUACAAAUGAAGUUUCAAUAAACGUUCUUUUCUCAGUACUGCGAAAUGUCAAAAGACUUCCCAUUCCAGUGCCCCUGACCUUCAUAAAGCAUCUACAGAACACGAGUGAUGGAACGAGGCAAAUGCAUUGCGCCCUGGCCAACACACUCAUGUAAAUCAGCGUGGCUUUUUUGUCUCAUGUGCUUCGUAUCAAACCUCCCGCAUGAGAGUAAAAAGACUGUUGGAUCCCAGUCCCUCUAGUCCUAUGACUUGUCAGUGGUAAACACACAUACAGUAUAUUACUAUAGAUGUGGUGUUUAGAGAUUAGGUUUAAAAUGCUGGAGUGUUCCUUUAAUGUAUUCAGAAAAAAAAGGUAUGUCACGUUAAAUCAGCGUGUCUAAUGUAAAACCUGGUGUGAGGCGUUUAUCUGUCCACAUGUGCUAGGAGUGUUGUGCUGUCAAUGAGAGCGUGUUUCACUAAGAGUGACUCAUGCACUGAGAGUCCUUGUCUAUUGUUAUAACAUAAUAAGUGUCUCUCUGACAGACAUCUCAAUCUAGCAGCAUACAAACACUAGGGUUAUCAUGAACAGACAAAUACUCAGGCAUAUAUUAGCUGUAUAAGAAUGACAAAAAUGCACUCACUGCUUUCAUAACUCUUUAUCUAAUAUCUAAUCUGUGUUAAUGUCACAAAAGGGAAAAACUUUCUUAGCUGUUCUGUGACGUACAUGCUUUUAUAAUGUACCACCUUUUUUUUUUUUUUAGAACAGUCUAUCCCAUAAUGCCAUGCUGAUUUAUUUAUUUUGCUACAGAAAUGCUUUCUUCAGGUAGUACCCCAAAUGUACUGCACAUUCUUUUCCAUCCAAUAAAAAAGAGCUAAAUUUAAAUCCA